ACGCGCUGUUAUCGCGUGGGUUGAGCUAUAGAGGACAGAUUGCAUGUUUAAGAGCUGUAGAAUAAAUGUAGGUAUUAUACUCAUUUUGUCUCAUUCUGUAACAAAACUACAGUAUCGUCUCUGUCGGCGUUGGUUGUACUGGUGAUUUGAUGGGAGAAUGAACUGUAGUUGAUAUUCAUCCAGAGGGAUUAUGGCAUCAUGAUGGAGGACAUGGCACACAUGUCCAUGAAGGUGGCCGCCUUACGUUUUGUGGACCUACCUCUGUCUGUCUAUUGCUCUCUCCCACAGGUGAGUCUUAGCGCCGGCACCAAGAAGCUGUUUGCGGCCACUGCGUUUGGUGCCGUCUCUCUUAUCUUCCUCGCCCGGCGCUUCAGAAGGAGAAAGGGCAGAAAAACAGCCGGUUCGCCUGUAGAACAAGAGAAAUUUGAAAUCAUCACCAUCGCCCUGGCAAGAGAGAUUGGCAGAGCUCAAAAUCUGCCUUUUAACUUCGAAAACUGCUCCUCUUGUAAUGUUGAGCCCAAUGACAGUCUGUACAGCAAGUUCUCGGGCUCCCUGCACAGUCUGCCCUCAGUGGGGAGCAGACAUUCCUCCAGCAGCUGCACCUGUGCAAACAGCAUCAGCUGCUGGGACGAGACAAGAGAUGAUGGUGACGUCUGCAAUCUGCUCAGCAUCCCCGUCACCACUCCAGAGAAUCUCUACCUGAUGGGUAUGGAGCUUUUCGAGGGGGCCCUGCAGCGCUGGGAGCAGGCGUUAACCUUCCGCAGCAGACAAGCAGAGGAUGAGGCGAGCUUUGUGGCGGUCAAACUGGGAGCUGGAGAUGCCAUUGCAGAAGAUAGUAUGGAGAACAUCAUCGGUACAGAUUUCAUUCAUAAGCUGGAGUCCCUGCUACAGAGAGCCUAUCGGCUGCAGGAGGAGUUCGAGGGAACACUGGGAUUGACUGAACCCUCAACACGUCUUGGUAAUGACAAACACACAGAUCUGUCUGUGAGAGAGAACCUGGAAGACAGUUGUCUCAGAGACUCGAUCAGCAUCGCCUCUACGGAUUCCUUCGUGUCUGCCGCAGAGUUAUCUGAGCACAGAGAGAUGAGGAGUGCUUAUGCGCUGGGUUCACUGUGUCAUUACCCUUUCUAUGAGGAGGCUCUUCAGAUGGCUGAAGAGGGGAAGAUCUCCUGUCGAGUGCUGCGAACUGAGAUGCUUGAAUGUCUUGGGGACACUGACUUCCUGGCAAAGCUGCAUUGUGUACGGCAGGCGUGUCAGGUCAUUUUAUGCGAACGGGUAACUAGAGCAUUUCUGGCUGACACAGGAAAGAAGAUAUUGUCUUCAAUAAUAGUCAAAGCAAGGAAGAGCCCAAACAGAUUUGAGGAGGUGUUUGAAGAAAUGAUCUGCUUUUUGGAGCAAACUGAUCACUGGGAGAACACAGAAAUGGAGCUUUCUGCAAGAGGGGUAAAGCAUCUGAACUUUUAUGACAUGGUUCUUGACUUCAUCCUCAUGGAUUCAUUUGAAGAUCUCGAGAAUCCACCAAUAUCUAUCCAGAAUGUGGUUAACAAUCGUUGGCUCAACAGCUCUUUCAAAGAAACGGCGGUUGCGUCAAGUUGCUGGUCCGUUCUGAAGCAGAAGAGGCAACAUAUGAAGGUGCAAGAUGGCUUUAUUGCACAUUUCUAUGCAGUCUGUGAACACAUUAGUCCGGUCUUGGCUUGGGGGUUCCUCGGCCCUAAAAGUUCCCUGCAUGAUUUCUGCUGUUUCUUUAAGGAGCAGGUGCUGUUCUUCCUAAAGGACAUCUUUGACCUGGAGAAAGUACGUUACUCCAGUUUGGAGACUCUGUCUGAGGAUAUCCUGCACCUGCUGCACAGACGCUCUGAGCUGCUCCUCGCUUACCUGGGUGCUGACUCGCUCCGUCACCUGAACGGCUGUGUCAGCACACCUCUGCACCUGGUUCCCAGUGCUAUGCAAGAGGCUCAGGUUCAGUGAGCCAUUGCCUGUCUUCCAAACCCUCCAUGUGUUAUAACUUAUGUGGACAUUCAUUCAUAGUAAUCAGCUGAAUCCAGAGGUGGAAUGCACAGCCUUUGAAAGUCUCUGGGUGCAGAGCACACUGUUGUCCUUAAUUAAUGUUGUAGAAAAAAGGGAAAGUAUGAUGUAUUUUUUUUAUACACCUCUUUUGAAGUAUUUCAAUAGCUGGUUUAAAUCGUUUUUAAUUAUUAAAUCCAGUGUUUUGAGACUUGAAAGCUUUAUAAGAUGCUGUCACAAGUGUUAUGACAAGAUGUAGACGGUUAUUUUUUUGGAGAGAUUUCACACUGUAGGCCACCUUUUAGUGUCCCUCUGAUAAAAGCUUCUCCUGAACAAAUUGACCUCUACAGUAAUGGCCAUGACUGACCAAUGAAAGGAUUGUUUGUCUAUAGUAUAUCACAUAGGAAUGCCAUGUACACUGGUUGUUAAGGGGACAGUUCACCCAAAAAUGAAAACUGUCAUUUACUCAACUCAAGUACUCAAGUUGCCCCUAACCUGUAUAAAUGUCUUUGAUAUUUGGAAGAAUGUUAGCAAUUUUCAGUUCUGGGACCCUACCCUAGUAGAGUAAAUUGUAUAUUUUUCUGUUGACCACAAAAUUAGAUAUUUCGAAGAAUUUAGGAAAGCAAACAGUUUCGGGGUAAUUUUUCCUACUAUGGUAUUCAAAGAUGUCCCAGAAUUGCAAACAUUCUUCCAAAUAUCUUUGCGUUCAGCAAAACAAAGUAACAAACAGGUUUGGAAUAACUUGAGGAUGAGUGAAUGAGAAAUUUCGUUUUUGGGUGAACUGUUACAUGUUUUAUCCUCAUCACAACUGUCAAAAUAUACGCUGUUGAUUCAACCACAGACCAAGAUGUUGUUGGGUGUAAUAAAACAUGCAUCUUAAAAAUGAA